CUGCAGAUCCCACCAGAUGCAACAUUCACCAAGAAGGUGCAUCAAUGGCUGCUGACUAAACCACAAUGUGAAUAUCUAUUUCCAGUGUUGGACAACAUGCAAGAGGCAGGGAUCACUUGGUUCAUCAAGUCAGAUAAAGUCAAAGUGGUUGCAUCAACAGUCCUCAUACAGAAGACACAC